UAUGGCAUAAGCACACACACAACUCAACGGACUUUUAAUUUGGAACUCAGUGUUUCCGAAUCCGGCCCACGUUUAUGAUUGAAUCCUCUGGCUUCACCAAGGCGGCCAACAUGGCAGGAGGAAAAAAGAAACCCUCUAACGUUACUCUACCAUCAAGAAUUCAGAAAACACUUUCCUCCGUAUGGCAGGACAAACACAUGGUGUUGUUCAAAGCAGAGUACACGUUUUUGGUCACGGCCGUCCUCUGGUUCCUGGAAAUUGGCAUUAACAUAUGGGUGAUCCAAAGAGUUGCAUAUACAGAGAUCGACUGGAAGGCGUACAUGGAUGAGGUGGAGGGAGUUAUUAACGGCACAUAUGACUAUACACAGCUGAAGGGCGACACGGGACCCCUGGUGUAUCCAGCUGGUUUUGUGUAUGUAUUCACUGGGCUGUAUUAUCUUACUGGUCAUGGACAGAAUAUUCGUUUGGGUCAGUAUGUGUUCGCUGUGUUCUAUCUCAUCACUCUCCUGCUUGUGUUCCGCAUUUACCAUCGCACCAAAAAGGUUCCUCCAUAUGUGUUCUUCUUCAUCUGCUGUGCUUCGUAUCGAAUUCACUCCAUUUUCGUCUUGCGUCUCUUUAAUGAUCCGGUGGCCAUGAUGCUGUUAUUCGGAGCCAUCAAUCUCUUCCUGGAUGGCCGCUGGACUCUAGGAUGUGCCCUCUACAGUUUAGCUGUGUCUGUGAAGAUGAAUGUUCUGCUCUUCGCUCCUGGUCUGCUUUUCCUUCUUCUGUGUGAGUUCGGUCUAUGGAAAACUUUACCUAAACUCACUCUCUGUGCUGUCAUUCAGCUGGUUUUGGGACUGCCGUUCCUCUUGGUGAACCCCGUUGGGUAUGUUAGCCGGGCCUUUGACCUGGGCAGGCAGUUUCUUUUUAAGUGGACGGUGAACUGGCGUUUUCUUCCCGAGGAUGUGUUCUUGAGUCGAUACUUCCACCUGGCUCUGCUUCUGGCUCACAUUACCACAUUGCUGCUGUUUGCGCUGAAGAGAUGGAAGAGGUCUGGGACCAGUAUUUGGUCUGUUCUAACAGAUCCGUCUGCGAGAAAAGAGACCGUACACAAGCUCAAUGCGGAUCAGACAGUUCUGGUUCUUUACACUUCUAAUUUCAUUGGCAUGUGCUUCAGUAGAUCUCUGCACUAUCAGUUUUAUGUCUGGUACUUUCAUACGCUGCCAUUCCUGUUGUGGAGUGGAGGAGUCAAGAAACUUGCCCAUCUGCUCAGGGUGUUGGUCCUGGGUCUUAUUGAACUGUCCUGGAACACGUAUCCGUCCACCAACUACAGCUCUCUAUCACUGCACGUCUGCCAUCUCAUCAUCUUGCUCUGUUUGUGGCUCAACCCGACUCCAGCUCUUCCCUCUCAGAAGUCAGAGAACAAGGCUAAGCGCCAUUGAGCCCUGGCCUUCCCAGGUCUUUUCUGGAUGCUUUUCAGGAUUCUUAAAGACUAAUUUGAUGCUUAGUCUGGGAAAUGUAAAUGGAUCUUUAUUGGAAGGACAUUUAAAAAAAAAAAUCAUAAUUUCUGUGCAGCUUAUCAUCACAGUUGACGUUUGAGACCUCAAGGAUCUCUUCUUGUUGGCCAUUGGACCCAUUCAGUACAUUUUAUUUGAACAAGAUGUUAUAUAUAACAGAAUAUCUGUGCAUUUUCAACAUUCGCUUUCAUAAUUAUUCAGGGAUUUGUUUUCGUUUAAAUGGGUAGUUCACUCAAAAAUGAAAAUUGUCAUCAUUUACUCACCCUCACGUCGUCCCAAACAUGACUUACUUUCUUCUGUGGUACACAAAGGUAUUUUGAAGAAUCUGUAUGUAUCAUUGUAUGGGAGAAACACAUACAAGGUUUGGAACAACAGGAUGGUGAGGAAAUAAUUACUGAAUUUUCUUUUUUGGGUGAACUAUCCCUUUAAAAGAUGAUUUGUUUUUUUCAGCGAUUCGCAAUUGUCUAUAAGCUCAACAGGAACAUAUAGUUACAUUUAUAGGGCACAAAGGAACGGCAAAGAUCUGCUUUUCCAUUUCUUUUUAGUUUAAGACAACCUCUGUGUUGUCUAAUGAACCUCUAGUAGUUUCUGUGUUUGUUUUCUAUCUUUGGUCUUUUCCUUUUCUAGCAUGAAGAGCGAGAGAUUCAAUGAUGAAAUGCUUCAUAUUUUGAGUGUGAUUUUUAUUUUUCUGUGAAGAAGAGUGAAUUAUUGUUCUUAUAAAUCUUAUUCUUAUGGUCUGCUUGCUGUUAAUGUUUUUUUUCUUUUCUUUUUUUUUUUGCAUGGCAUGCAUUUGCUUAAUCCAAAGUGUAGGCGAUAAUCAUAAAACACCUGUUGUCCAUGAUUUUAUUCCAUUUCCAAUUCUUUUGACAGGCUCACAGCUACGAAAGUCUGUGCAAAACCAGGUUGAAGGUGCAGUGAACGAUUAAAGCAAUUACUGUUUGAAACAACAGUGUCUUAAAACCUGAGGACACAUCAUUUGGAAUCAUUCAGAACAUUUUAUUGUAUAGAUUUGUGAUCGAAAAUAAAAAGCCAUAAUUUCAUAACA